AGCGCCUGUGCAAUGAAAACACGUUAAUGUAGACACACGAGCUGAUCUAGAGUCUGGACUAAGCGCUUUCAGCUGGAACGACAGAAGACGGAAGCGGAAGUGACUGUCGAAUGCUCGGGGCGCCAAAAUUGAAGCGUGAAAAGUGCGAGAUAAGGAAUAAUAAGUAUUGAAUAUACAGUUGAGAGAUUUGAUAUCUGGACUGGAGGUGGGUUGUGGAAAGUGGACUGCAUAGGUCUCGGCCGACGGCCUAUAUGGGCCCGGUACGACGAGACCGGUGCGCCACGACCUGCAACAAACCAAAAGAGAUACGAAGAGCUGGUGGCGGUGGUGCGGAGGGAGCUGAAGUGCGAGUGCAACCAAACUGUACCGUGAGUGUAACAAUGGGCUGUAGCUCAGAUGAUGUUAGAGACGAAGGGGCAGAGGAGAUGGAGUACACACAGGUUAAAAUAGCAAGGAAACAGUCAUGGUCAGAAGCAAGCAGCGGGAAAGAUCAUGAUGGAAGACAAACAAAGAAAAAAAUAGGAGCUAAAACAAACGGCAAAGACGAGUUAGAUGAAGAAUACAAAGUUCUUAUUACAAUGAGCAAAGAUAAAGGACAUUUUCACCCAGUUCAUCUGACUAAAGCAAUUGAAAAAGAAAUAGGGAAAGUUAAAUAUGCCAAAAUGCUCAAUAACAGAAGAAUACUAAUAUCAGCAGCAAGGACAUAUGAUGAAGUUGAAGUACCUUGAUGGAGGAGAAAUACAAGUACACAUACCAGGAGAGGAAGCAGCAAUAAGAGGAGUUCUAUCAAACGUACCGAUGGAAAUGUCCAUGGAUGAGGUGAAGAGAGAAAUAAGAGGUGGCAAAAUAACAGAAGCUAGACGACUCCAAACCAGCAGAGGAGGAGUAAAAAGUGACAGUUUGUCUGUAUUACUUGUAUUUGAAAAGACAAUACCGGCAGACAUACGUAUAGGAUGUAUGAAUUUUAGGGUGAGGGGGUACAUCCCUCAACCACUAAGAUGCUAUAAAUGUCAGAGAAUGGGACACACGGCACAGCAAUGUCAGUGGAGGCAAAGGUGUGCAAAGUGUGGUGGAGAACAUGACUAUGGGACGUGUGCUAGACAUGCUAAACUAAGAUGUUGCAACUGUGGAGGAGAACACAGUGCUGCAUAUGGUGGCUGUGAAGUGCAAAGACAUGCCAAAGAAGUGCAAAAAUACAAAAGAGAAAAUAAGGUAUCAUAUGCUGAAGCAGUAAAGAAUAUAGGUAUGUGUGUAAUUAAGCAAAAUAAACCAGUAGACAAUCAGGAAACUCAUAUAGACCAGACAGGACAUGCAGGAGGACUUCCUCAGAGAACAGACCAUAGAAGAUCUCAAUUAGAAUGGACCACCCCCCACAGUAAUGUAACCAUAAGAGUGGGACAGAAGAAGAAACAUUAAUUGUAAGGAAAAAGAACUUUGUAGCUUUGAUAUGUCAAGUCAUCAAUGUGGCCUCAAGGCAGGAAAGGAAAAGUGACAGGAUCAAAGCGGUUGUGGAAGCGGCAGAACAAUAUUUAAACAUCAAGGACCUGAAAGCAGAAGAAAUACAUGCUAUGUUGACUCUACACAAUGAUGCAGGACCUCAGAACGUUCAUCCAACACAUCACGGUACUCCACAUCCUACCAUGGAAUGCAAGAAGUUUCAUAGCAAACGGACAAGAACUUAAGAAAUGUAGAAGAGAAAGUAGGAAAAGACCUGAUAUGAUACGUGUGCAAGAAACAUGGCUUAGACCACAUGUGGAUGAUGUGUUGCAUGGCUAUGAAUCAGUGCCAUUCCAUAGAAAAGAAAAGCAACGUUUGUGAGGGAUGGAAUAACAUCCAAUAGAAUAGCAACAUGAACUGAAAUAGAAUGUGUGCUUCUUGAAAGACAUCAAGCAAAUAGAAAUGUCAUCAUGAUUCAUAUGUAUAACCCGUGUCAACUAUUAGAUGGUGAACCAUUGGAGAAGAUCAUAAGGAGGCAUGGUGCUAGAGAGAUCUGGGAUAUACGCUCAAAUAGAAUGUCUUGGAUUGGUUUAACAUCACUUGGCAAGUUCCUGAGAAUGGAAUGUACAUGAAAACACAAGUAUAGGCAGUGAUCGUUUCCCCAGACGUUGGACAACAGACACCCAAGUAGAUGUGAAAGAAAGACCCAGACAGAAAAAGUGGUGCUUUGGGGAAAAUUCAGGGAGGAAUGUAGCAAAGCAGCAAAUUCAAUAGCAAUGGAAGGUGGCAUAGAGGAAUGCACAGUUAAGAUGACAAAUAAGAUCAUAGAGGCAGCAAUGAAAAGUAUACCUUGGAAGUCAAUUGGAGGGAAAGGAAAAUGGUUCCAUGGUGGAAUGAAAAGUGCACAACAGCUGGAAAAGAAAGAAAUAGCACAAUAAGAAGGUUAAGGAAGAACCUCAGCCAAGAAAAUGUAAUAAAUUAUCAGAGGAAAAAAGCUAUAGCCCGAAGAGUAAUUAAAAACAGUAAACAAAAGGCAUGGAGGGAUUAUUGCUCUGCCAUAGGAAGGGAAAUCAAGAUAGGAGAUGUAUGGUCAAUGUUGAAGAAGAUGAGUGGGAAAAACGUGUUUGUUCAAAUACCUGCAUUAGAAGAUAAUGGAACAAUGUAUGUGACUGAUAAAGAAAAAGCAAAUGUGCUGGGGAAAAAGCUUGCAGGGGUGCACAGUGGAAACCAUCUGGAUGAAAAUCAUAGACGAGGGAAGGAGAGGACGAUAAAAGAGAAUAGGGAUGUGUUACUAAGACAGGAUGGUGAGGAGAGUGUGAUGGAUGUUGAAAUGAAUAUCAAUGAACUGCUAAUAGUAUUAAAUAAAAGUAAAGAUACUGCAACAGGAGAAGACCAGUUGAGUUAUAUUAUGUCCCACAACUUAGCAGGAAAUAUGAUAUUUAUUGAACAAGAUAUGGGAAGAAGGGAAAAUAGCCAAACACUGGAAAGGUGCAUGAAUAUUAGCAUUUAAUAAACCCGGUAAGGAUCCAAAACACCCUGUGAAUUAUCGACCUAUUGCUCUAACAUCACAUCUAUGCAAAUGGAUGGAGGAAGUUCUAGUCAGAAGACUUAACUAUUUCCUUGAAAGUCGAGAGUUACUUACAACUUCUCAGUGUGGGUUUAGAAAAGGACGAUCAACAAUGGAUGCUGUAGUUAGAGUAAGUCAGGAAAUAGAGAAAAGCUUUAAAAUGAAAGAGUUGAUGAAUAUUGUAUUCUUUGAUAUUGAAAAGGCUUAUGAUUCCAUGUGGCGGGAAGGUUUAUGUAGAUAUGUAUACAGAUGGAUGAAAAAGCGAAGAAGGGAAGGUGGGGAUUGGAAUCUAUGGACCACCAAUGAACUAUAGCAUCAUUAAAAGAUUACCUGACCAGCUCUCGGCUUAUACAGCAGAAAUGAUAGCAAUGAUUAUUGGCCUGCAAUGGAUAGAGGAAAUAAAAGCAGAUAGAGUGCUACGUUGUGUGGAUUGUAUUCCAACUACACAUGUUCAAAAUAGAAAUAAGGUUCUGCUGGGUACCUGCACAUGUAGGGGUGGAGGGGAAUGAGGGAUGACAGGAAUGAAAUUAUAAAUGUACCUGCUGGUAAAGGCAAUAAUCAAAAACAAAUGAUGGAGAAAUGGCAAAAUAGGUGGGACGAGGGUAGUAGCGGGAGAAAGUACUAUAAAGUACAAAGAUCUAUCAGUGCACAAGGGGUGCAGAGAAGAAACAGAAAAGAGGAAAUAGUGUUAACUAGGAUGAGGUUCAAUCACACCGGGUUCAAUGACAAGAUGUUUUUGAUAGGGAAAUGUAAAUCAAAAGUAUGUAUGAAGUGUAAAAGUAUAGAGAACGUAGAACACAUAGUACUACACUGCAAGAGAUAUAGGGAAGAACGUGUAGCGUUAAGGAAAAGAAUUAAGAAGAUAGGAAGGGAAUGGAGCAUUGAGGGUAUCUUAGGAACAGGUGGGGAGGGGGUAAGAGAUAUACAGAGGGCAGUGAUAGAAUAUUUGAAGGACACAGGAUUAUAUAAUAGAAUAUAGAUAAGUAUUAGAAUAUUUUAUUAGUGGUAGUAGUAUAAGUAGUCUCCUCACUAUCUAAGAUAGCAUAAAGUAAGAUACUGUAUAUGGCCCAUGUUACAUACUCCGGUACAGUAGGUGGCGGUAUGCACCUUUUAAAGUCAUGGUUGCAACCCGCCAUUAAACUAAAAGAAGAAGAAGAAGAAGAUCUAGAGUCUGAGCUGUCGAGGUCCGACAUUUGGUGGAGAGCAUUAAAAGAACACAGGCUGAUCUGGGAAGACUUUCAAUGCAAAACAGGCUUUUUUCUUUUUUUUUAGGAAGUGCGUUCGUUUUGUUACUGAUGAUGACGCAAAGCGUUCACACACAAUCGGAUACAUUAUCAGUAUAAUCGGAGCAAGGGAAAACAACGUUUGGCUUUUAUUCUUUCUUCAACAAAACUUUGUAGUGACUCUCAAAGACUUUGAUAGCGUGACGAAAAGACUCAGCUCCAGUCGAUACACGGGCAGUCGCCGAUUGCACCGCACAUGCGACGCAUCCCGGUGAGCAAAAUACUGACGCGCCAUUGGACUCAAUCAGAGCUGAGGAAUGUCAGUUAAAAGCCAAGCCUCGGUCACAGUUUAGCACAAGUUGACGUUGCCGUCAAACUUAGUCCGAGUUGGCACGCUGGAAGAGACGGAGACACCGCGUGGCGAUGCUUCGUCACACACACCGAAACGAUGUGACAUGAUCCCGCCGGGGAAGACAACGCACGAGGCCAACGACAUGUUGGUCCGCAGCUCGCAGGUGAGGGGUGGAGCCAAGGUGAUACACGCUGUGGUGGUCAUCUUCCUGGAGUUCUUCGCCUGGGGGCUGCUGACCACGCCCAUGUUGACUGUUCUCCAUGAAACAUUCCCACAGCACACUUUCCUGAUGAACGGACUCGUCCAAGGCGUCAAGGGCUUCCUGUCGUUCCUGUCGGCUCCUCUGAUUGGUGCUCUGUCGGACAUCUGGGGCAGGAAGUCCUUCCUGCUCAUGACAGUCUUCUUCACGUGCGCGCCCAUCCCCUUCAUGAGGAUCAGCCCCUGGUGGUACUUUGUGCUCAUUUCCGUGUCGGGAAUCUUUGCCGUGACCUUCUCGGUCGUCUUCGCAUACGUGGCGGACAUCACUGACGAGCAGCAGAGGAGCACCGCUUACGGCCUGGUGUCGGCCACGUUCGCCGCCAGCCUGGUGACGAGCCCGGCCAUCGGGGCGUACCUGUCGGCAAAGUACGGCGACAGUCUGGUGGUGCUGGUCGCCACAGUGAUCUCUGUGGCUGACAUUGCCUUCGUCUUCUUGGCGGUCCCGGAGUCUCUGCCCGACAAGAUGCGUCUGACGUCGUGGGGCUUCCCCAUUUCCUGGGAGCAGGCCGACCCCUUCGCCUCGCUGCGUCACGUCGGGAAGGACUCCACCGUCCUGCUCAUCUGUGUCACUGUCUUCUUGUCCUACCUGCCGGAGGCGGGGCAGUACUCCAGCUUCUUCCUCUACCUGAGACAGGUCAUCGACUUUUCUCCCGCCGCCAUUGCUGCCUUCAUCGCCAUGGUGGGCGUCCUGUCCAUCAUCGCUCAGACGCUGCUCCUCAGUGUCCUGAUGAGGAGCGUGGGGAACAAGAACACUGUUCUUCUCGGUCUGGGCUUCCAGCUGCUCCAGCUGGCCUGGUACGCCUUUGGCUCCGAGCCCUGGAUGAUGUGGGCGGCGGGAACGGUGGCAGCCAUGUCGUCCAUCACGUUCCCAGCGGUCUCGGCUCUGGUGUCACACAGCGCCUCCGCUGACCAGCAAGGUGUGGUCCAGGGUAUGAUCACGGGGAUCCGGGGUCUCUGCAAUGGUUUGGGUCCGGCUCUGUAUGGCUUCAUCUUCUUCCUGUUCAACGUGGAGCUCAGCGAUGUACAGCCGGCGGCCACCAGGACCAUGCAACACGCAAAGAAGUCGAGUGUUCCCGGGCCGCCCUUCCUCUUCGGAGCGUGCACCGUGGUGUUCGCACUCAUUGUAGCCGUCUUCAUCCCCGAGCGCCGCCCCCCGCUGGCCGACAUCAAGACCUGCUCGGCCAGGAAGACCGGCGGCGGCAUGCCCACUGCCCACACUCAGGAUGCCGGUGUCGUUCUGGCCACGCCCACUAGUGACGCGGAGGACAUUGAGCCGCUCUUACAGGACAGCAGCAUGUGAUUGGCAGCCAGGCUGGCCAAUCACAGCACAUUAUGGGAGCCUUUUUACUUUUAUCAGAAUUCUUUUUUUAUAUAUAUGUGUGUGUGUGUGUGUGUGUGUGUGUGUGUAUAUAUAUAUAUAUAUAUAUAUAUAUACACACAUACACACACACAUAUACAUACAGACCCUUUCCGAAAAAUGAGAAUGUCAUGGAAAAGUUGUUUAAUUUCCAUAAUUCCAUUCAAAAAGUUAAACUUUCAUAGAUUAUAGAUUCAGGGCCCACAAUUUAAAUGAUUUCAAGUAUUUAUUUGUUUAUUUUUACAUAAUUUGGGCUUCCAGCUCAUUAAACCCACAAAAACAGGAAUUCAAAAAUUUGAAUACUGUGAAGAAAUCAGCCCAAAUUUUGCAGGGCAUGAAUGUUUUAAAGUGAGUGUCACACACUAAUCAUCUACUAAACUCAAAUCACCUGCACAGGCUUCCCCAGGUGUCAUUAAAUUGCUUCAGUUUGGUUCAAUUGUCUCAGUUGGGUUCAAUAUGGGGAAGACUGCAGACAUGACAACUGGCCAGAAGACCAUCAUUGAUACCCUCCAUAGGAUGGGUAAGCCACAAAAGUUCUUAGCUAAGGAGGCUGGUUGUUCACAGAGUGCUGUGUCCAAGCAUAUCAAUGGAAAGUCUAGAGGAAGGGCAAAAUGUGGCAGGAGAAGAUGCACCAGCAAAAAAGAUGACCGUGGGCUUCAGCGGAUUAUCAAACAGGGAAGAUUCAAGAAUCUGGCAGAGAUCCAGAAAGAGUGGAAUGAGGCGGGAGUCACAGCUUCAAAAACCACCACAUUCAGACGCAUCCGGGAGAUGGGCUACAACUGUCGGGUUCCUCGGGUCAAGCCACUUCUGAACCUGAGCCAACGUAGGAAGCGUCUCCACUGGGCCAAGGAGAAGAAGGACUGGACUGUUGGCCAGUGGUCCAAGGUCCUCUUUUCCCAUGAAAGUAAAGUGUGCCUUUCAUUUGGGAAUCAAGGUCCAAGGGUUUGGAGGAAGACGGGUGAGGAACAGAACCCAAGCUGCCUGAGGUCCAGUGUGAAAUAUCCACAGUCCGUCAUGAUUUGGGGUGCAAUGUCCGGUGCAGGUGUUGGUAAACUCUGCUUUCUUAAAUCCAAGGUCACCGCAACAGUCUACCAGAAUGUUUUAGAGGACUUCAUGAUUCCUUCUGCUGAGGAUCUGUAUGGAGAUGCAGAUUUCAUCUUCCAGCAGGACCUGGCCCCUGCCCAUACCGCCAGAAGCACCAAAACCUGGUUUGAUGCCCAUGCCAUCACAGUGCUUGACUGGCCAGCCAACUCACCGGACCUAAACCCCAUUGAGAAUCUAUGGGGUAUUCUCAAGAGGAAAAUGAGGGGCACCAGACCCAACAACAAAGAAGAGCUGACAGCAAGCAUCAAGGAAAUCUGGGCUUCCAAAACUCCCAGGCAAUGCCACAGGCUGAUUGCUUCAAUGCCACGUGGCAUCGAGGCAGUGAUUAAGGCAAAGGGAUUCCCAACCAAGUAUUGAAGAUUGACAUAUCGUUUUGAAAGUACCAUAUUUUGAUUGAUUUGAUGUGAUCCUAACGUCUUUCUUUUUUUCCUGCAAAAACUGAGAAGUAAAUGGUGAUUUCUUCACAGUAUUCUAAUUUUUUGAAUUCCUGUUUUUGUGGGUUUUAUGAGCUGGAAGCCCAAAUUAUGUAAAAAUAAACAAAUAAACACUUGAAAUUGUUUAAAUUGUGGGCCCUGAAUCUAUAAUCUAUGAAAGUUUAACUUUUUGAAUGGAAUUAUGGAAAUUAAACAACUUUUCCAUGACAUUCUCAUUUUUUGAAAAGGGUCUGUGUGUGUGUGUGUGUGUGUGUGUGUGUGUGUGUGUAUGUAUGUGUGUGUAUAUAUAUAUAUAUAUAUAUAUAUAUAUGUGUGUAUAUAUAUAUAUAUAUGUGUGUAUAUAUAUAUAUAUAUAUAUAUAUAUAUAUAUAUAUAUAUAUAUAUAUAUAUAAUGUCAUAUUCAUCAAAGGACAUUCCAAGAGUCCACCUAUGUUACCGUGGCAAUGCCAACUUCCUGUUCCUUCAUGUGACUUCCUGUUCCACGGUGUUUUUAGACUGCAGUCACGUCAUCUGCACUUUAUUUUCUUCAUGUGCCUCCUGCUUCCAUCACUGGACAAUAAAAUAUCCAAGCCUUUA